AUGAUAUCUGAUAAUUACUAUCAAGAUCCAAGUGGCCCACAGCCUCAUCAACAACAGCAGCCACAGCCACAACCUCAAACAAUUCCACAAUUCAUGAGUCCUGAAGUGUUAAAGAUGGCUUCAGUUAUGACAAAUGCUUAUCUCCCAGAUGAGAUCAAAAAUCUUGAUCCUAAACAACUUGAACAGAGAAUCGCACAAAGCCAAGCCCUUAUUCCAUCUUAUUUUGCUGUUACUCCAAAUUCAAUUAUUCACCGCAUAAAGAAUUUGGCCUGUCCAUUUUUCGUUAAACAAUGGUCAAGAUCAGUACCAGAGGGACAACAAUUCAUUCCUAUUAAUAAUCCAAACGCUCCAGAAUUAUAUACUCCUAUUACUUUCUGCUUCUUAUUCUUCUUACUCUCUGCUCUCAUUUCUGGAGUCCAGAACAAGUUUUCUAUGGACUACCUUUACCUCCAAAUCAUCAAAUUUGGAUUAAUUAUUUUUGUUGAAGUAGCAAUUUGCAAGACACUCUUUAAGAAUGUUGGUGUUCAAGGAAGCUAUCCAAUUUUAUCUUUAAUUGCCGACUUUUCUUGCUUAUCAUUUUAUAUGUGCGUUGUUACUCUUUUCUCAUGGAAUUGCGCUCUCUACUGGAUUUCAUUUUUGUACUGCGCUUUCUCAGCCAUGAUUUGGACAUUGAGAACUUUGAAUAGCGAACAAUGCAUGGCAGGCCGUCAGUCUUCAUCAACUGUUAUCACAUACGUUUUGUUAUUCCUUGCCUUAGCUCAAAUUGCUCUUCUCUUCUUCCUUGCUCCAACAAUUUACAAUAUUGGAACAAAAGUUGCAGCACCAGCUCCAGCAGCAACUCCAGUUCCAGUUCAAACAGAGUUAGUUGUUGAAUGA